AUGAAGGACUACCGUAUUUCUGGCACGGAAUUCCCAAGUGAUGGUGAGACAGCGAAACAACACAAGCUUGUUGUUGACAUGGACAAACCCUCGAUCUUCACACUUACUAAAGGUUCGCCAUCAACAGUAAAAACGCCGAGAAAGAAGUUAGCCGAGCUUUGGAGAGAGCGUCGCUUAGCCAUCAUCAUAGCGCUUCUAAUUCUCUUUAUAAUUAUACUCCUCAUCCUGCUUAUUUUAGUCGCUUUUCGUGUGGUUGGUUCGUGA